AUGGCUCUGACCACACAAAAGAUCCCCCAUCACUUGCUCUCCCUGUUCGGAACAGGAGCUGGCCCUAGUUCUCUUCAAAAGGCGUGGGACGGCAAUGCAAACUACCAGCGGCACGCCCUGAAACCUCACGACAGAGUGCCCGAGGAGCUCAGGGACUGGGCCCAUGCCGAGCAGUAUCUCGGAAACGAGAAGUACUAUCCCGACUUCCUGGUCUUCUUCCAGCGUGAAAUGGAACGGCAUGGCUGGGAGCACGUCGUCAACGAGCACCUUUUCAAGCGCGAUGCCAAGGCCGAGGACCUGCUCGUGAGAUUGUUUGGCGGAUUCCUCCACCCCCUGAUCCAGCUCAUGUACGGCCUGGAGUGGAAGCAGCCCGCCAUCGUCGCGGAGGCCCUGGCCCAGACCUGCGUCCACAAGAACGACCUCCGCGAGUUCCUGAUGGUCUCUGAGCAGAACGCGGCCGCCUCCUCCUCGGCCGCCAUGCCACCCAUCCUGUCCCUCUACGAGGCCGUCCGGAACGACCCCAAGCUCGCCGCCGCAGCCCACGACGGGGACGCCAACAAGGUCCGCGACGGCGUCCUCGUGCGCGCCAAGGACGAGAUCAUCAAGGUCGCGAGCCGGGUCAGGGUGCGGCCCGAGGAGCUCGACGCGCGCACGGCCGAGAUGUUCAACGCGGCCGUCCUGGUCGCCGCCAGCGCCGCCGUCCACCCGCCCAAGUAUCCCAAGUUCGACUUCUUCCUCAUGCACCACGUCAACUCGGCCCCCAUCUUCCUCACCGUCAACGCCGCGCCCUGGAUCGCCGCCGCGGACAAGGCGCGCAUCCUCGAGUGGAAGAUCCGCAUGGACCUCCUGCAGUACGCCGCGCGCGCGGCCCCGCCCGCCUCGCUCGACCGCAUCGCGUCGUACACGCCCCGCGACGACGACGACCACGGCCGGACCGUCGCGCCGCCGCACGCCCGCCCCGUGCAGAGCUCCGGGGAGCGCCUCGCGGGCAUCGCGGCGCGCCUGCACGACCUCGAGGACGACGGGCACGCCAUCAAGCUCGCCCGCGCGACGGCGAUCUGCCGGCAGCUCACGGAGGGGGGGGAGGGGGGGCGGUUCGAGAACGACGAACGGCUCCGGAUCAAGGGGGAGGAGAUGUGGGACAGGCUCCUCCGCUUGAUUGUCGACUCGGUGACGGCGCCUGGGGCGAAGUGGGUGAGGACCACCGGGUUGGAGACCGCUUGGAAGGACGUUCCGGACCAGCCCAAGUUGUGA